AUGCCCGCCCCCAUCGAGAGCAGCAGCCGUGGUGGUGGGCCGCCAGCCUACGCGACGGGGUCAACUGGCCACGUUCCCCUUGCUAAUGUCGUCGACUUUUGCCUCAGCCAACCCUUCCAAACCGAAAAUGACUUCACGCCCCCCUCGCAGCGACUUUCGCCGAUAGAAGACAGCCGGCCCAUCUUUGUCGAGAACAAGUCAGAUCGCACACUCACCUUUGGCCAAACAUUCAAGGAUGCGCGCGCUGUGGCGUCGGGGCUUCUGAAUCUGGGCUUGGAACCUAGGGACCUGCAUAAGCUUCCGCCGACGCCGACAUGCCCCCAGGGCCCCGAGAUCGCACAGGUCGUGCUAAUCCAGCUGCCAAAUUGCCUCGCCUUUGCUCCGGUAAUUUUAGGCACGGUGGCGGCGGGCCUGACUGCCACGUUAGCAUCCCCCGCCCUCACGGGCGACGAGAUUGCCUGGAUCCUGCAAAAUUCCCGCCCGCGCGUCAUCGUCACGGCCAAAACCUGUCUGCCUGCAAUGCGCGCCGCCCUGCAAAAGCAGCAGGACCAAGCUUUCUUCAAAACCGUCCCCAUCUUCGCCGUCGACGGUGCCGAUGACCCAUACCCCCAAGCUCUCCCGAAGGGGCCGGCACCCAAGAGCGUUAUCGGAGAGAAAGAUUGGCGCGAGCUUUUAGCCGCCAAUCCGUCACCGCGGCUAGAUGCUCCCAUUUUCCCCGCCAACACUGCAGCGACGCGGACGGCGGUGAUUCUGUGGUCGUCGGGCACAUCUGGGCGCUCGAAGGGCGUGCUCUUAUCCCACCACGCACUAAACGUUGCCACAGCCUCUCUCUGGCAGGACUCCGAGUUCUACCAAGGUCAGCGCCAGCGCUGGCUGGGUUACGUGCCAUUUUACCACGUCUUUGGCCUCUGCAAUGUCCUACUGUUGGCGAUUUGCACAGGCUCGACCACGUACACGAUGUCGUCGUUCAACCUCGACGCCGUGUUGGCCGCCAUUCCCUCUCGCAAGAUUACGUACCUGCACAUGGCGCCGCCCGUGGCUGUCAUGCUCGCAAAAUCGCCCAAGGUCGAGCCUUAUACGAAGCGCGACGCCAGCGGCCGCAACGGUUUCAGCUCGGUUGUGGGGGCUGUCACGGGCGGCGCUCCGCUCGGCCAUGAGGUUGUGGUUCAGCUCUACCAGCGCUGCGGCUUCCGCGUGCGUCUCGGUUACGGGCUAUCCGAGACGUGCUGCACCGCCCUGCAGCGCGGUCUUGGCGAGGCCGAGAUGCACGCCCACGCCGGCGACACUGGGCGGCCGCACUGGGGAGUUGAUAUCAUGAUUGCCGGCGGCACAGAAGCGGACGGGAAAGCGGUGGGCGCCGCCAUAGAUCACGAGGGCGAGGUGCUUGUGCGAGGCCCCAUGCUGAUGUCAGCAUAUCUGCCUAUCGGGUUCAUGGCAAGCGCCAACCACAAGAACCACCAGCUGGACAUGUCGGCGACAACCGAGGCGCUGACACCCGACGGCUGGUUCCGCACGGGCGACGUCGGCGCGUUGUCGGCCGACGGCAGGCUGCGCAUAACGGACCGCCUCAAGGAGCUCAUCAAGGUGCGCGCGUACCAGGUGGCGCCCGCCGAGCUUGAAGCCGUGCUGUGUAGCAGCGAGUCGGUCGCCGACGCCGGCGUCAUCGGGAUUUACGACGAGUCCGAGGCCACCGAGUGGCCGCGCGCGUUUGUCGUGCCCUCGGCCGCUGUCCUGAGUAAGCCCGACAGGCAGCAGGCCCUGGCGCAGCUUGCCCAGGAGGUAAAGAAGCUCGUCGAGGAGCGCACAACAAAGUACAAGUGGCUCGUGGGCGGCGUCGUGUUCGUCGACCAGAUCCCAAAGAGCCCGAGCGGGAAAAUCUUACGGCGCCUGUUGAAGAGCGGCGGCCCCGAGGCGAAGGGCGUCGAGAUUAAGCUGUACGAGAGGAAGCGCAGAGACGUCAAGCUAUGA